GACUCGGUGUGCUUGCUCAUCUCGGCUUCCAGUUUGCCAAAGGAGCCCGCGAUCGAUACAACCUACAGUCCUACAAAGCAUGGAUCAGACACAGCCGACGCGCCGCAUAUAUCGUGCGUGCCGGAACUGCGCUAGGCGAAAGGUCAAGUGCAACGGCGACCCCACCAGCUGCCAGCAGUGUAGCCACCUCAACCUCAAGUGCGAGUACGGUCCGCUCGAUCCCUUAGCCAAGAGCAGGAGCCACGCCGUCCGUGGGUCUGUGAUAUCUCGGCUCCAGCAGGAACGCGGUGCGUCCUCUUCGCCUGCGCGGUCGCUAGCUCCAGCUGGCAGUAAGGCAGUCGUCGCCGCUGAGGAUGGACCGAGCAGCCGCAUCGAGGUGUCACCCGGGCUGCCUGAAAAAUGGAAUCCCGACUUUUUCCACAGUUUGGUGUCCCGCUACGAGAGCCAGGUGUACCCAGUCAACCCCAUAAUACCUGCCGCCGAAGUGCACGCCUCCAUCGCUCGCCUUGACGAAGGACCGGCUGACUUUGCAUUCGUGUGCGCCUUUGCUGCCUUGACGCUGAACUUGACAACGCCCAGCUGGAAGUCUCGACUCGACGACACUGCCACCAUCUCGGACCUCGUGGCGCGCGCAUCCAAGGCUCAGAACUCUAUCUUGGCGUCUGCCUUGUGCAUGACGGGCGGCGGUAUCCAGCCAUACCCGCACGAGCGGUUCAUCAUGACGGCCGUCUUCCUAGAGAUCUGUCUUAUGGCCUUCGAUCGCUACAACGAAGCUUUUCUGUGCCUGCGCGAGGCCGCCGCCUUGGCGCAGCUGCUCCGCGUUGACCAGCUACUGCUAUCACAAAGAGACGACGAUGAGGAUCCUUGCCGAAGGCCAAGUCCUAUCUAUCCGGUGUCAUCUCCACCCCUGUUGCCACCGUCGGAGACUGCUCGCCGCAUCCGCAUGUACUGGGAGGUCUUCAUCCAUGAGCGCUUCUUAGCUAUCAUCGCGUACCUCCCUCCAUCUCUGCCCCCACUACCCCUUGGGCCGACGCUUCGGGCCCUGAGGAACGACCAAUCGGUGCCCGCCUACAUUAACGCGGGUUUCUCCAGCCUUAUCGAGAUGUUUACCAUCAUAGACGCCGACUUCUUGCGCAACUGGCUCGGCCCCGACAAAAGCGGCAUCACGCCGGAAUGGAUAGAAGCCAAGCGGCUACAGCUCGACACCCUCGAAUUCCUCCCAUCAGAUGCCGAAACCCCGGCCAGCAGCCCUGCAAACCCCACCGGAACGACCGCUGUUGGCGACCACCCACAAGGAUUCGUCGUUCUAACGACGCUCCAAAAGGCCGACCUGGUCAUCACGCGACAGUGGAUGCUGACACUCCUGUGGCAAAUGGCCAUUUCCAACUGCCAGCUGCGGUCGACCUGCUCAGCCGAGGCGCAGGCCGCGACGGCGGGUCCCUCUCCCACUACGGAAGCCAACGACAUGUCACUGCAGCUGCCCGUGCGGCUGUCGCAGCAGCUGCGACGUGUGGUCAUCCAGCUGGGGCGGCGCAGCAUCGAGCUCAAUGGCACGGGCAUCGUGCAGAAGCUGUUCGAGAUCACCAAUACGUUUGGCGACGUCAUCAUACACGUCCCGCCCUCGGGUGGGGAGCCAGAAGCCCGACAGCGCCGUGACGAUUUCACAUUUUUGCUCGACUUUUUGCGCGACUUCUCGGCGCUGAACAAGACACAGGAGCAGAUCCUCGCUGAUAAGUACGCGCUCGUCCUUUCCGCCGCCACUGGUUAGGGACCGCCGCGGCCGGUCGAGGCGGGAUAAUACGUACAUUUCCAGUGAAAUCCCCCAUAUUUACUGCAUCUGCUCGUCCACGUGAACCGCCACCGCGUCGGGCAGGCCAUCCCCUCCCACCCAGGCCACCUCAACCCUCGACUCCUCUGCCUUUUCUGCGCUGGCGUUGGGAGCCAUCUUCCCCAUGUUGUCUUUGAGCUGGUGCGGCAUAUCGACCACGGUGGACUUGAACUUGCGGGCCGACACCUUUGC